AUGUUUGGCAUCCCGAUAGAGGUCUCGGAUAACGCCAAUGGAAUCAUAUUUGCAAAUGUUCACGGUCCAUGGUCUUGGUUCACACAAUUGUUCGCAUUGACAGCCUUGUUUGAUGUUUGUCCAGCUGAUCACCUACAACGCAUACGUUCCGACAAUGGCUUGGGUGGAAAAUUGGAUGCAUAUCUGGAGUCUGAGGGUAUUGAUGCCUCGCGAUAUCCGUAUGCCUAUCUCGUGACUGCCGCACAGUUCCCAGGCUUUCGCUUUAAUCCGGCAACCUUCUGGUUCCUUUACUCAUCAGACAAGGUCCUUCAGGCGAUCAUUCUGGAGAUGAACAAUGUCUUCGGGGAAAGGCAUCCCUAUCUUGUCGCGAGAGAAUUACAGAAAGAAGAAGAGCAUAUUCAUCACAUGACCCAGAACGACCAAGUACUUCAGCGCGCUCAAAUAAAAACGACAUGGCGAAAGAGGUUUCAUGUUUCGCCUUUCAACUCGCGAAAGGGGUCAUACUCGAUACUUGCCAAAGAUCCCCUUGGGCCUGGAAUGCAAGGAUUUCGAGGACUCGAUAUCUCUAUCACCCUCUCGUCGUCAAAAGGCCAGCCGAAACUUGUUGCAAAUUUGUUCUCUGAUGGCGAAGCUAUUGACCCCUACAGAAUAAGCAUUUUAGGGAGGGUUGGUUUCGUCUCCAGCUGGUUUGGUUCGGUUCUGACUAUCCUUCCUCGAUUCAUGAUGCAAUCAACCAUCCUCUUCUUCAUGCAUAAUCUUCAUUUCUGGUAUCGACCUGAACCUCUCAAGGACAGCAUAGGACGUUCAGCUAAUUGGAUCGAGAAAAUUCUCGAACAAGUAUUUCGUGAAUACUUGAAGUAUCUUGUCCAACGAUCAACCGCCCCUGUCACUAUCCUAUACAUGCCAGGGGGAGUUGCUGAAGCGUCCGAGGAGACAUUCAUCUCACACUCCACGUGCGGCCCCGGAGACUCUGCUUGCGAGAUCAAGAUCAAAGUGUUGACGCCGAUUUUCUAUUCACGCUUCGUUUACUAUGCGCAUGAUUCUGAGGCCAUCUUCUGCGAGGUGGCUGAAAGCUGUACCCUUUGGACUGACAAGCCGGAACAGAUUACAAGGGUUUUUUUGAAGAAGGGUUCUCCACCUAUUCAUGCUUCCAAUCUGCUUGAUUAUAUGCACUUUCAGCUCAUCAAAAACCUCAGACGCCGGCCUGAUAAGAUUGAGAGACCAUUGACGUCUACCAAUGGACAUUCGUCCUCAGUGAAGGGCAUUGAUAUCCGGGAUUUUCGAAUGUCAUCAAUGGACGCCUUUGUUCUUGAACAAGGAGAUAAAGAACUCAAAAACGCGUACUUGAGGUCUGUGGUUCGCCUCUUUGUGGCCGAUCGCAUUGCUAUGAGCAGCGUCGGCCUACUUGGCAUGAUGGAGCUCAUAGGAAGAGUGGGUGUCUCAUGGGUGCUGGCAUUGCUCAUUACGGAGACCAUCCUGGGCUUCUCAUGA